AUGUCUCUUCUAUUUCUCACGAGCAACAAUUCAAGCAGAAAUUUCGAUAGAGAUCUAUUAGUUGUUCAUUGCACGAGGCGUCGAUGUGAUAGCCGAUUUGAUAAGGAAGUUGACACGUACAACAUAUUAGUUCUACGAAUUAUUGAACUUUUAGUUCUUCUUAUUACAUUACUUCUAAACGUAUUACUUGUCACUGCAAUCAGCAUUUCGAGAAGCAAUUUCACGAGUACCUUCUUUAAACUAAUCCGACUAUUGUCGCUUUUGUUAGUGUUCCAUUCACUCAUUUCUAUAUUACUCAAGACGCUGCCAUCAUUCUUUCACACAUCUUUCCCCUACCAAAAUAAUUUAUCCCUUUGUAUUGAUUUGUUCUCAAGGUAUUUAGCAGUUCUAUUAAUAUUUAUUCUUGCUCUUAAUCGAUUCUGUGUUCUUGUUGUUAGCCGGUUGGAAGAGCUAUUAUUUUCGGGGUUACGGUUUAUCGUGCUACCAUGCAUAUCCGUUCUUGUUGCCGCUGGUUUAACUGUUAUGGUUAUAAAGUGGUGCGAAAUGGAGAGAACUUACGUUGACUGGCUAGGAUUCGUCGAUUCUGUGAAGUCGCCGGAUUUCUACGUUAUAAGUGGACAUUGCUUCCUUCUUUUCCCAGUUCUAUCGCUCUUGCUUCACAUUGUGAUUUUUGUCUGGAUGAAGAAAAGCAAUGCCCUGACUUCGAAGUCAGCAUCGGUUAAAAAGGCAGAACGGCGGAUGUGUGUUCAAGUAUUGCUCACCGUUCUUUGUGAAGUGCUUUCAUAUUGUUCGGCACAAAAGGCAUGCUGGAUUUGUUCAAAGGAAUUUUUGUUAAAGAGAGAAGCAAUGCGAUGA